AUGCGGUGUGUGAGCGGCUGGCUGUGCGCGCUGCUGGUGCUGCUGGUGUGCGGGGUGGAGGAGAGAGCGGAAGCCUGCAGCUGCUCUCCCGUCCAUCCUCAACAGGCGUUCUGCAACGCUGAUAUUGUAAUCAGGGCUAAGGUGGUAGCAGGAAAAGAAGUGGAUGCUGGGAAUGAUAUUUAUGGAAACCCUAUCAAGAGACUCCAGUAUGACAUCAAGCAGAUCAAGAUGUUCAAAGGACCAGACCGUCAUAUUGAUAUGAUCUUUACUGCACCUUCAUCUGCUGUAUGCGGGGUAACCAUGGAAACCAAUGGAAAGAAGGAGUAUCUCAUCUCAGGCAAGGCAGAUGGGAGCGGGAAGAUGCAUGUGACCCUAUGUGAUCUCAUCAUGCCUUGGGAGUCCAUGAGUGCCACCCAGAAGAAGAGCCUGAGCCAGCGCUACGAGAUGGGCUGUGAAUGCAAGAUUACCCGCUGCGCAGCCUUCCCAUGUGAAGUCAGCACCCCGGAGGAGUGCUUGUGGACAGAUUGGGUGACAGAGAAGAUCAUCCAUGGACGCCAGUCUGACCACUACGCCUGCAUUAAGAGAGGAGAUGGUUCGUGUGCUUGGUACCGUGGAAGUGCUCCACCCAAGAAAGAGUUCCUGGACAACGAGGACCCGUAAUGCAGUCUCAUACCUGUGUCCACUAUCUGACGUUCUUUAAAAUACCAUAUAUUAAAGAUCCGGCAUAAGGCAGAACAACCAAAAACAGAAAACUGCACCAAAUUAAAUUGUUAAAGUAUAGAUUAGUUAACAAUUUCCAUUAGAUAUUAGAACAUGAAAGAGUGGAAGUGGUCAAAUGAUGAUGUGAUUUCUUCUCCAAGGCUUGCACUCAAAACACACACAAAACAUCCAUCAUAUGACGGACAAUCCUAACUUGCGAGCACUUUCUGCCCCUAACAGCGCUUAAUCUUUCUUUCCUUAAAUGAUUGAAAUGGCCUCUCAGUCUUGCAAAGUUGCAGACUUUUGCAGACUCUCAGCUCAUUUCACAUCUUUAAUUUGUUGAGUCUUAGUCCAAACCCCAAAUAAAGAGACAGCUAAAAUAUUACUCUCGCUUAGUGUAGUUUCCCAAAGCAAUGCCAAUUGGUCCAGUCAGACAAAUGGUGAGGCAGGACUUCCCAGAUAGUUCAAAGAUGAACUGAGACCAAAUGAAGAGCAUUAAAACAGGCAGAUGCAUAGGGUUUUAGAAAAAGGAAAAUUAGAGACCAAAGUCAGUGUCACUCCACAUAGAUUUGUGUGGGACAAAGCUUACAGUUUUGCUGCUGACCAAAUUCUAGAAUGUGUAACUCUAGUACAUGGGGACAAGUUGUCUUUUUUUUCCUCCACAGAGGUGGAUACUCUUAUCCUUUUAACCACAAAAAUCUGAGGGACCUUUAAGCCCCUGGUAGAAAGCUGAAGGAACGAUAAGGCAAUAUCUUAAAAACAUUUAAACACUUCUUGGCAGGAAACUUCUAGUUCCUUCCUAAUUUGGUAUAUGGCAUUGUGUAAUGGAAAAGGACUCUGCUUGCCUUGUGUCCUCAUUUCUUUGUGAAGUGUUUCUAACCAGUUCUGUCCCUGCCUCUAUACUCCUUUAACCCUUUCUGUCCCUUAACUACACGUAUGCAUUUGUCUGUGCUGUUUUUUAAUGUUAGAUAUCUGCCUUUUAAAACGUCAUUUCUCUGAAAUCAGUCUCCAUCCUGAUUGAACUUUGCACUUUUGUGGGAAUCGCUACAGGAGGAUUGAAUCCUCUUAUCAGGAUUUGUAACUCUUCUCUUCUCCCUUCUCUCACAGGAACGUCAUUGAAUGCCUUUAUGCUUACUUUUGCAGAUGUGACAUUGUUUCUAUAAGGCUUAAGGUAGUGAUACUGAAAUGUAAUUUUCAAAUGCUUGACAGGAAUUGUGUUGUAGUGUGCUGUCACCUUCUCCGCAUAUUGUUAGUUGAUGUGCCAUAAGAAUGCAUUUCAUGGGACUCCAGGAGGAAGGCCAUAAGACUUUAGUUGCCAUGGUAAUGGGAAGACCCCAGUUUUACCCUACAUUUACCAGGCUGGUAGGAUUAAUAUGCAAAGGUACAGUUCUAUAGCAUCCACAGAUUCUUCUGCAUUGAGAGAGAGAAAACAGACCAGUUUCUUCCCUCUGAGGUCAAUAAACUCUGUUUAUUGGCAGUGUGGGAGGAAGGCAUGGUGAAUUAUGUUGUUGCAACUGUCCUCUGAUUGGGCACUGCCAAGUCAUGUGACAGACGGAGAGUAAGGUGUGAGGGUAGUAGUUGCUAGGCAUUUUGUCAGGGUGAACCAUAGUGCCACGAUGCAGACAGAAUGAGAGAGAGGGAGGGAGCAGGACAGAGAGGGGACCACUGUGGAAUGGAGGACAACAAUAUGUCAUUUUGGUGGGUUGGGGACAGUUGAUGAAGGUGGAUUUCAACAUUCCUGCAUUGUAACUAAAGCUGUUUUUGUGUGUGGGGCAGUUUGUUUUAAAGGUACUUUUAAAACUGUAUAAAAUCCAAACAGUGAUGUUGGUCACACAGAAAGCAGCACUGAUGUGAGUUACACUCAGAUUGAUGCUUUUUCUAUUUUGGCCUAACCAGCUAACUUUGAGGCUGACGCAGAGUUUAAGAAAAUGCUUAUUGAGCUGUCUCAACAGCUUACAGUAUUAGGAGACGUGCUUUAAAUUAAAACCUUUAUCCGUAAUCAUCUUACCUUUUUAAAACUUGCCAUAAACAAGCGCAUAAGUCUGCAAGGGUAAAGUUGACAAUGUUUAAUAUGCAUAAUGCUAUACCUACUUAACUGCUUUGUAUUAAAUGUAAUGGAAUAUAAAUGGCAUAAUUUAAAUGUUUGUUGUUGCCAUGUUUCUACAUUUUUACUGUGUCAUUACCUUUGAUUUAUAUGGUGUGUUAUUUUUACCAGUCUUUUUGCCUUUUCUUGAAGAUUUGCUGAAAGUACAGAAAUGUGAGAACUCUAGUGUGCUAACCACAUGAGAGUGCAGCAGUAUGAUGAAAACCAGACUAUGCAUGUCUUUGAUGCUUUGUGUAAUUCCUAUGUGGAUGUUCACUUGAUGGGCAAAUAUACAGCAUUAUCAAAUAAAGUAAAACUUAAAGAACA